AUGCCCAAGAAACCAGCCGCGGGUGGUGAAGCUGGGCCAAACACGAUUUACAAGGCCACAUACAGACCCGUGUAUGAAUUCAUCUGUCGCAAUGUCGCCGUGAUGCGACGGAGGUCGGAUGCGUACCUCAACGCAACGCAGAUCCUCAAAGUCGCUGGCUUUGACAAGCCGCAGAGGACAAGAGUGCUCGAGCGCGAGGUCCAAAAGGGCGAGCACGAAAAGGUGCAGGGAGGUUACGGAAAAUACCAAGGAACAUGGGUGCCGAUUGAACGAGGACUGGCCCUCGCCAAACAAUACAAUGUCGAGGACUUGCUGCGCCCCAUCAUCGACUUUGUACCCACGUCGGUUUCACCGCCCCCUGCGCCAAAGCAUGCAGUGGCCCCUCCCACGAAACGUAUCAAGGACAACAAGCUGGGCAAGGAUGCAUUCGCCGGCAAGGGUUCCCCAGUCCAGUCACGCAAGGUCGAUCGUCGCGACGUUACCCCGGACUCGGUUGGCCUCUCCAACGGCUCGGAUUCCCCUGGUGCAAUGUCGGAAUCGGCCACUCCAUCACCACUAGUCGGAUCCAAGCGCCUGCCCACCGUCCCCGAGUCGACGCGAAGCGACAGCAUGGACGUUGACAACUACGGCCAGAACGGCAUGGGUGAGCCAUCCCGAAAGCGCACCGCGGCCAUGAUGGACGACGAGGACGACUAUGACCAGCUCCGCCGAGCCCGGGGGAACAGCGCCGUUCACACGCCGCCACCCGGCAGCCCGCGCGGUUAUGGUGGCAUGGAGCAGCCGCUCACUCAAGACGAGUACAACGACAUCAUCCUCAAUUACUUUGUCUCCGAGUCGACGCAGAUCCCGUCCGUGCUCACCAACCCGCCUUACAACUGGGACCCCAAUGGCGUGAUCGACGACGACAAUCAUACGGCCUUGCACUGGGCCGCCGCCAUGGGGCGAACGCGCGUGAUCAAGCUCUUGCUGUCGGCCGGGGCCCAAAUGUUCAACAAGAACAACCUCGAGCAGACGCCCCUCAUGCGCAGCGUCAUGUUUACCAACAACUACGACCUGCGAAAGUUCCCAGAGGUGUUUGAGCUUCUGCACCGCAGCACAUUGAACAUUGACAAGCAAAACCGCACCGUCUUCCAUCACAUUGCGAAUCUUGCGCUCGUCAAGGGCAAGACACAUGCCGCCCGGUACUACAUGGAGGUCAUCUUAUCGCGUCUCUCCGACUACCCGCAGGAGCUGGCCGAUGUCAUCAACUUCCAGGACGAGGACGGCGAGACCGCCCUCACCCUGGCUGCGCGAGCCCGCUCAAAGCGGAUUGUCAAGGCUCUGUUGGACCACGGUGCCGACCCCAAGAUCCGUAACCGUGACUUCAAGUCGGCCGAGGACUACAUCCUCGAGGAUGAGCGUUUCAGGUCUUCACCCGACAUGAUGAUCUCACGCACGCUCCCUGCAACGAGCACAGUCCGCAACCCCAACUCGCUCGGCGCCGGCGCGUUCAGCAACUACCACCCUCAGCUGUACACCUCGGACGCAGCCAAGCUCGCUGGCGGCCAGUACCUUUCCGACAUCUCGUCGCACCUGCAAUCUCUUGCGCGUUCGUUUGACGCCGAGCUGUUGGCCAAGGAGCGCGACGUGCUGCAGGCCAAGGCCAUGCUGACGAGCAUCCACUCGGAGAUCAAUGAGGCGGGGCGCGCAUUGCACAACCUCAACGAGCAAGUCAAGCCCCUCGAGGCCCGCGACUCCGAGCUCGAUGCUCUGACAGAAAAGCUUCAAACGCGCUUGACUGCAGGCCUCGCACGGGACUGCGAGCGGUGGCUCCAGAGCGACACUGAGCGGGAAAAGCGAUGGCGCGCUGGAGACGACCCGGCCCAGGCUGGCGAGGACUACAGCGAUCUCGACGCGUUGACCAAGGUGUCCGGGGACGCGGCCGCUGAGGAGGAGAAGCUCCGCAGGGAGAUUGAGGAGAAGCGGAAGAAGCGAGCCGCGCUGGCGACAAGGCUGGUGAAGGCACAGACUGAGGCUGGCACGACUGAGAAGAUGGCUCAGUACCGACGACUGAUCGCCGCCGGGUGUGGUGGCGACGUCGGGCCGGCUGAGAUUGACACGGUGGUCGACACUCUCCUCGAGUCGCUGGAGAACGAGACUGGGCAGACGCCAACACCACGGCCUGCACCUGCGCUGCCUUCUGUCGCACCCCCGGCUGCGGCGGCGCCACCACCACCAAACCGGCCCACAUGGAAGGUGUAG